GUUAAAACUUAAAAUGAUGUUGAUUGUAACAAAAAAAAAAAAUGAUGAUGUUGAAACGACGACGUUUCCAGUCUCUGAAAAACGGUCCAUGAACGUCUUCAUCCUCUUGCGAAACCUGAAACGAAGCAAAUAGCAGAGAGAUAGAUACUAUAGAAUUCCGUGAAGAAGUGCAUUCCAAUUUCGAAACCUCUCUGUUAAUAAUAGUCCCAAUUAUAUAAUAAACCCUAAAUCCAUUUCAUGCUCCAUUUCUAUAUCCGCUUCCCAAUUUCAUAACGCUGACUUUAACAAAACCUCUGUAGCGAAACCAUGUCGUCUUGGCUAAGAUCUGCGGUCAACAAAGCCGUCGAGGUUGGCAACAAGAACAAUCUCACGCGCACCGUUAAGAACUACGCCGACACCGUCGUUCAACACGCCGGCCAAGCCGUUGCUGAGGGUGCCAAAAUCCUUCAGGAUCGCAUUGCAGCUAGUAGGAAUUAUAGAAGUGUUGCACAGACAGUUAAAAGAUUAGAAGAAGCAGCUGUUUCGCAUAGGGGACACGAGAGAGUACUGUUGCUUAGAAGAUGGCUUAUCGUCCUUAAAGAGAUUGACAGUUUGUAUGGAGCUUCGGCUGAAAGUAAAGAGAAGACUCUUGAGCAGCACCUUGCGGUUGAAGAUUUGAAGGAGAACCCACAGAGACCAUCUUUGGUUCUUUAUUAUGACUCUGAUGUUGGAGGAGAACCACUGAAUUUUCGCGAUGUUUUUCUUCAAAGCCAGGCACUGGAGGGUAUAACACUAUCAAUGAUUAUUGAAGCUCCAAACGAGGAAGAGGUUUCCCUUCUCCUGGAGAUGUUUGGGCUUUGUCUUACUGGGGGAAAAGAAGUUCACGAUGCCAUAGUAAGCAGCUUACAAGAUUUAGCAACAUCUUUUUCAAGCUACCAAGAUGAAGUACUGGUGAAGCGAGAGGAAUUGCUUCAGUUUGCGCAACGUGCCAUCACUGGGUUGAAAAUCAAUUCUGAUCAGGCAAGAAUAGAUGCCGAAGCCUCUAGUCUUAGGAAGAAACUCAGUGAGAUAACUUCACAGGGGCUUGAAAAUAAAGGUGAUUAUAAAGCAUCCGAGGAAACACAGGCAACCCUAGAGGCUUUAAAAGUUGCACUAGGACAGAUUAGGAUUUGUUCCAGACUGGAAGGAUUAUUGCUGAAGAAAAAAAAUAUAAGCAAUGGAGACUCUCCUGAGGUUCAUGCCCAAAAGGUUGACAAGCUGAAGGUCUUAACGGAAUCUCUUGUUAACUCUGCUGCAAAAGCUGAAAAGCGCAUUUCUGACAACAGACAACAAAAAGAGGAGGCAUUAAAAGUUCGUGUGACUAAAGGUGGUGAAACUAGUGAAAAGGAGAAGGAACUGAUAGCCGAGAUAUCUGAAAUCCAACAGAAAAAAGAUGAUCUUGAAGCUGAAUUGAAAAAGAUUAAUACUUCUUUGGCUUCUGCUCAAGCACGAUUAUGGAAUGUCAGGGAAGAGAGAGACCAGUUUGAGGAAGCAAACAAUCAGAUAAUUGAACAUCUGAAGAUAAAGGAAGAUGAACUUUCAAAAUCAAUUAGCUCAUGUCAGGUAGAGUCAGAUGUGAUCAAAACCUGGAUAAACUUUCUGGAAGAUACCUGGGUUCUCCAGCAGUCAAAUACAGAAAUUUAUGAGAAGCAGGUCAAUGAUGAAUUGGAGAGACACGAGGACUAUUUUGUAAACUUGGCCAUUCAACUUCUUACUACUUACCAGAAAGAGUUAGAGCCUUGUAUUAACCAUAUUGCAACAUUUGUCGUGAACCUCAAGAAUUUGAGUCAGAGGUUAGAAAUGACAACGGGUGUAGAUCCCGAGGAUUCAAAAGUAUUAAGUCCGAGGAGAAAUCUUGAGGAGGAAUAUUUGACCUAUGAAGCUAAGAUCAUUACCACUUUCAGUGUAGUGGACAACAUGAAACAGCAGUUUUAUGCUCAACAGGGGAAUAUUACCAGGAAAGAUGAAGAGAGAGUCAAAGAGCUUUUUGAUGCCAUUGAAAAGUUACGAACUCAUUUUGAGGCUAUAGAGAGACCAAUUCUUGAAAUAGAGAACCCGCCUGCAAAGACUGAAGCAUUACCUUCUGAGAAAAAGUCAGAUGGUACCCAUUCACCGCCUGAGAAAAAGUCAGAUGGUACAACUUCACCUUCUACUUCAGUUCAAGGUACUAAUGAGUUUUCAAAGACAGAGACAAAUGAACAACCAAAAUCACCUUCAGUUAAAUCAGAUCAAGCAUUGGACCAUGAAGCUGAAUUAGCCAAGCUGGAAUCUGAGUUUGGAAAGGUUAGUACUCAAGAUUACUCGACAGAUGAAAUUGGUGACUGGGAAUUUGAUGAACUUGAAAGAGAAUUUGUAUCUGGUAGCAAGUGAUUAGUUCAAUCUCUUUUCGUAGACAUUAAUGUUUGCUGUUGUAAUUUUAUAAUGAAUUAAGUGCAAGUAUUUUAUUUUAUAUAAAUUUGUAAGCUAGGUCGGCCAUUGGUGAAGCUUGCAAGAUCAUAUGGCCUUUGAGUUUGUAAAAAUUAAAGAUCAUAAUUUAUUAAUUUUUCUGUAAAGCACCGAAUUUGUAACACAUAGAUGGAGUCAUCAAAUGAUUUGAAAUAAUUAGCAUGACUGUAAAUUUUAGACAAA